AUGUCGACGCAGACCGAGCUCCAACACCUCACCCCGGAGACAAAGAUCCCGACCCCCGCCAAGACGCCGGCGACAUCGCCGCCCCGGGACCCGUACUCGGCCGCCGAGUCCGGUAGUGGCAACGACAACGACAACGACAACGACACCGGCAAUGACCCCCACCGCGCGAGCCACGAGUUCUCCUCCCUCCCGCCCGUCGACGGCGGCAGGCGGGCCUGGCUCUUCCUCGCCGCCUGCUUCGCCGUCGAGAUGCUCGUCUGGGGGUUUCCCUUUGCCUUUGGCGUCUUCCAGAGCCACUACUCGACGAACCCGCCGUUCGCCGGCCAGCCCAACAUCGCCGUCAUCGGGACCUGUUCCAUGGUAUGUAUGUCCUUGGGUUCUGUGGGACCCCUUGACGAGAUGCGUUAUACUGACAACGAGACAACCCCCCUCACCCAGGGGAUCAUGUACCUCUCCGGCCCCGUCGUCAUCGGCCUCCUCCGCAUGUUCCCCCGCGAGUCCCGCCACGCGCCCAUCCUCGGCCUGAUCGUCAUGUGCGUCGCCCUCGCCGCUUCCUCCUUCUCCCGCACCGUCACCCACCUCAUCGUCACCCAGGGCGUCCUCUACGCCGUCGGCGGCGCCAUCGCCUACUGCCCCUGCAUCCUCUACAUCGACCAGUGGUUCGUCCGCCGCAAGGGGUUCGCCUACGGCGUCAUGUGGUCCGGCACCGGCCUCGCCGGCGUCGUCCUGCCGCUCAUGAUGGAGCACCUCCUCGGCCGCAUGGGCUUCCGCACCACCCUCCGCCUGUGGUCCGGCCUGCUCUUCGCCCUCACGGCGCCGCUGGCCUUCUUCAUCAAGCCGAGGCUGCCCGCGUCGUCGACGACGCACGCGACGCCGGCGACGCACGCGCGCCCCUUCAGCAACCUGCGCUUCGCCCUGAGCCGCCCCUUCGCCCUGCACCAGGCCGCCAACGUCGUCGAGGCGCUGGGCUUCUUCCUGCCGGGCAUCUACCUCCCCUCGUACGCGCAGUCCGCCCUCGGUGCCUCGGCCUACGCCUCGGCCCUGACGAUCCUCCUCGUCAACGUCGCCUCCGUCGUCGGCUGCGUCGCCAUGGGGUCCCUCGUCGACCGCGUCUCGGCUCCGUCGUGCCUGAUGCUCGCCAGCGCGGGCGCGACCCUCGGCACGUUCCUCGCGUGGGGGUUCUCGUCGACCCUCGGCGUGCUGUACGCCUUCUGCGUCGUGUACGGGCUGUUCGCCGGCGCGUACACGUCGGCGUGGCCGGGCAUCAUGAAGGUCGUCGUCGAGCACGAGCGCGCGAGGGAGCGCGGCGUCGACCCGAGCAUGGUGUUUGGCAUGUUGGCCGCGGGGCGGGGGAUCGGGAACGUCAUCUCGGGCCCGCUCAGCGAGGCGCUGAUCAAGGGUGCCCCGUGGAAGGGGGAGGCCGGGUUCGGGUACGGCAGCGGCUACGGGACGUUGAUCGUCUUCACGGGCGUCACCGCGCUCGCGGGGGGAGCCAGCUUCGUGUGGAAGAGGCUCGGGUGGAUGUGA